CGAGGUGCGACAAUUAAAUUGGUUUGCAAUUUAGUUUAUCUUUGGAAGGCCUUAAGUGAAUCAUUGAGAAAUCAACGAGAAACAAAUUAAAACAGAAGAAAAUUAAACUGAUUAUUUAGUUGAUUGGUUUGUUAAUGUGUUCGCUUUGUCCAGUUACAAAUUGAUUUGAUUUCAAGGUUAAUUAAGUUAAUCAUGUUUACAUUGGAUUUUCUUACGAAUUAAUUGUUCAAUCAUCUUAAAGGAUAAACAUCCUAUUGAAAACUCGUUGACAAUGAAAUCGAUUCUCAGAUGAUUAAAGGUAAAUGUUUAACAAUCAUACAAAUUGUGAUGAUGAUGAGGAAGAAACAAUGAUGAGUGAGUGAUAUCUCCCUCACACUCUCUCUCUCUCAUCUCUCUGUUGAUUAAAUGAAUUCAGUAAUUAACUAAAUUUUAUCACCAAUGAGACUGAUGAGUUACAUGAAAUCCGAGUCAUUAUUUAAUUUUUAAUUGUUCAAAACAUUUUCCGCAAUUGUGUUGAUGUGAACUUUUUUUUAUUAUAUCAAAUUGAUUAUUUGUUACUAUAAAGAGAUAAAAAUUAAUUUCAAUUGUUUAGUGUUAGCAUUACAAUUAAUUAAUAUAAUUAACUACCAAUGGAUUCACCAAUAUCUCAAUUUUUUGACGGCAAAAGUGUAUUGGUAACUGGAUUUUCUGGAUUUCUUGGUAAAGUAUUGGUGGCGAAGCUUGUGAAAAGCACCAAUGUCAAAACGAUCUAUGUCCUGAUUCGGGAUAAAAAUGGCCUAAAUUACAAGCAACGGACAAUCAAGAUGGUGUCCAACUUACCUUUCAGCGUGGAUAAAAACGCCAAUGUAAAUUAUUCAACUCGUAUUGUACCAAUCAAAGGUGAUCUUACUCAUCCCGAUCUUGGAAUUGACUCAAGUGAAAUUGAGACCUUGCGACGAGAAGUGACCAUUAUAUUUCAUUCCGCUGCCGAGGUCAGAUUCAAUGUUGGCUUAGCGACCAAUUAUGUUCAAAAUGUCGAGGGCACUGGGAACCUUAUCAAGUUAUGUCGAACCUUUGAUAAAAUCGAAAGUUUCGUGCACUUAUCAUCCCUGUAUUCUGCUGGUAAUCAACCAAUCGUCGAAGAAUCCGUUCAGUCGUUGCAAUUUGAUUUCGAUGAGAUGAGUAAAUGUUUAAGUAAAAGUAACGAUUCAAUGGAAGAUCGUCUUAAAGAGUUGCAAACUCGAUUCCCAAAUUCUUAUACCUUUACCAAAGCCAUAGCCGAAGAAUUAGUCGAACAAGAGUUGCAAGAUAUUCCAGUGGCCAUUAUCCGUCCAUCGAUCGUUUUUGUUUCCGAAAAAGAGCCAGAACCAGGUUGGGGUGACACUUUACAAGGUAUCCAAGGAAUAGCGAUCUCGGGAACAACCGGACUUUUACAAACGGUCAACUGGAACUACUGGACACGCUUUGAAAUGGUUCCCGUUGAUCUUUGCGCUAAUCUGACCAUAGCAAGCGCUUGGUACAUAGCCGAGAAAAGCCCAACCAAAUUAAAAGUAUUCAAUUUCUCAACUGGACCAUUUCACCCUGAAUGGACAUUUGGACGUUUCUUUGGUGCAGCUCGUGAAUUAGCAAUCGCUUAUCCAAGCUCGAAACAAUUAAGACCCUUACUCGAACCUCCAAGGAUUAAAAAAGCGUCAAUCUUUUUCCCGGUCGAAAAAUUCAUCUACCAUACACUUUUCGCUUUCCUUAUUGAUCUAAUUUUAUCUCUUUUAGGUUACAAGAAAAUUUUAUAUAAACACGCUCAGCGACUCAACGAAGGCCUGGAUCAUGUCAGCUUCUUUGCCACUCAUCAAUAUCAAAUACGAACAUCUAAUUACAUUGAUCUGAUCGAAAGUAUGUCAACGAAGGAUCAACAAUUAUUCCCGAGUGAUUUACGAAAAUUGGACUUUCUAAAUAUCGUUCGAACCUUUUACUUUGGAUUUAGAAAAUAUUUCCUCGGGGAUGAUGACAACAAUAUCGAAACAAGCAGAAAGAGAGUUAAAUUAGUUUGUUUCAUCUACCGAUUCAUUCAAGUCUUUUUCUUGCUAAUUUUUGGUUACACUUUAAUCACAAUAAUUAAUUGUUACGUUCUCACCUGAUUAACCAUCGAAAUCGUAAAUUGUAAUCAAUGGACAAUUUAAAUCACAAUUAAUAUUAAUCAUUAUCUUCUUAUGAUUCCUUUUCUUUUCUCAUAAUCUUUUCACUUUGUAAUUUAAAUUUUUCGCCAUCAAAAUUCAUGUAUCGCAAUUAAGAAAUAAAGUGAAACAAUUUAUUUGUUUAUACAACAAUUUAAUCAAUUAAUCAAUUAAUCAACAACUCUGAUCAUGUUAAUGACCUUAACAGUGAAUGGAAACAAAAUUUAAUUGUUAUCAUUAAUCUUCAUGUUCAUUUUUACUUGACCUUUAAGGUUUAGAUUAACUUUUAAUUGUGAUCAAGAUAAUUAGUCCCAAGUUAAUUAAUCAGAUUUCAAUUAACUGUUACAAUUUAAAGGAAACUUAUUGACCUCAUGUUGGUUAAGUAGCAACUUGAUUGACCAUUAAACUUCAAAAUGACCAGUAUUUAAUUACUCAAUUGCUAAUUUAUUUGAAAAACAAAUCGGAAGUUGAUCAACAAUUUAAUCAAAUAUUAAAUUGUUAACAAGUUUAGUUAAACUAACGAUGAAAAAAGGAUGUUAAUUGUGACCUGCUUCUUGUUUACAAGUUUUAAUUCAAUUCUCUUGCUAAUUUGUUAAUUGUUGCACUUAAAUCAAAUUUUAUUUACCUUUCACUUGAACGAGUAGAAAAAUUUUUUUGACAAUUAGUAAAUUGUUCAAACAGAUUAAUCGAAAUGAAGAAAUUUAAAGUCACCAUGGUUGAUUCCUAUUCCAUUUAAUCAUCUUAAUCCAGUAGUUAGUUAAUUCACUUGUCAUCCGAUCGUUAAAUUGUUGUUGUUUUCAUUCACAAGAGGUCUGUCAUUAGUUAAUCAUUUAGAUUCAACAAUUAUCAUCAUCAUCAUCGAGAGGUUUAAAUUGUUUAACUGAUUAAAUAUAUAAGAUUGUAAUUAAAAAUUUUCUUCCUUUCACUUUCUCAACAAUCAAUUUCAAUCAUUCAACUGAAUUUGAAACAACUAUAAGAAAUUAUUUUUCUGUUAAUUGUUGUGUUGAAAACAAUUUGUGAUUAGUUAAAUUGUGAUUCUCUAAGUUAUGGAUUCAGAAGAGAUGAAAAAAUCAGUUGACCAGCUACGAAAAUCGUUCAUUGAUGAUCCAGAUUCUGGACAAUUGGAUCCUCGUGAUUUACAAAUUGUCAAGAAUUCCGAUAUUCCCUGUAUAUCGUUCAUUGAGACAACGGCCUCACUUUCAAAAGCCCUGGACACCAUGAAGAAACACUGCCAAUGGCGCUUGAAGGAUUCAAUCAACGAUCUGAAAGCUUCUGACCUUCCGAUUGAAGUUUUCCGUUUGGGUUGGAUUUACUAUUCGGGUAGUGACCUUUCAGGUCGACCCGUUAUGUGGAUCAGAUUAAAGGUUCCCCUUGGACCGAAACCUUUGCUGUACAAAUAUUUCACUUACACAAUGGAACAGGUUCGAAAUCGAACUCUGGCCGAAAACAUGAAGCCCGUUGUUGUUUACGAUUGUCGAGAUCCAAGUAUCGAUAUAAGUGCUCUUAAGGAAUUAGUCAACAUUGGAAUUAAUCAGUAUCCCCCUUGGAUCGAGUAUAUUAUUUUCCUCGAAAUGUCCACUGCUUUCGCCUUUUUUUGUAAAGCUUUUCGAUACUUUUUCCCGAAACAUCUUCGAGAUCAUAUUCAAUUUUUAUCCAUCCCCGAGUUGGAAACUCUCAUCUCAACGGAAAAUUACCCUGAUUACAUGGGAGGAAAAGUGACCACAAUUGACCAGUCGACUCUUGAACAAUGUCCAACCUUCAAAGAGUUUGCGAAAUCUCAAAAAUUAAGUGAAUCAGAAAUCAAAUCAACUGAACGUUAUUUUAAUCAAAACGCUGAUAAUAACAAUCAUGUUAAAAUUUAAACAAAGACAAUCAAAUUAUCCAAAAACUGUCAAAAAAAAUGAUUGAACUGCGACUAAAGUUACAAGAUGAUCUUUUAUAUUUCCCAAUACUAUGGACUUUCAAAUGGCCAUUUCAAUAAUAUCAUCACUAAUACAAGACCAAAAUGUACAACUUCGAUACCUUAUAGUGACCUGAAAACUCAUUAGGUCGACAUUUAACUCUAGAUUUAUCAAUAUUAAUAGAUUGACCUUUACUAUCGGUAAAUAUUACAUGAACGAUAUGUUAUGAUAGUUGGUUCAAGUUUGGUUAUUAUUCAGGUUCGAUAGAGAUUCGGAUAAACAUGACCACUUUCCGUUACGAUCAAUUCUGUAUGACAAUUUUUUUGUAUAUAAAAAAACUCACUUUGACCAAUAGAAAUAGUCAACAUUUGUUAUGAAUUUGAUUCCAUCAA